AUGACUCAUUGGGAUUCGUCAUUCGCAACAGUUUGUUUUCUCAACAAAGAUGGCUCUAAAGAAUCUACGCUGCGCGUUCCUAUUGAGGAUCCCGCCACGACGACCGUUCGCCGCCUCGCGAAGGAUGCCAUGCGGCGUUUGGUGGCAGUAUUACGGCGAAAAGAGGCUUUGGAUUUAAAAAUCAAGAUUCAAAAUACCUUUUCAGGGUCGGAAAAAAACGCCAAAGACCUUCCUUUUACCGGUGUUUCGCGUAUCUUUGUCGGGGAAGAAUUGCUCUCGCAGGUCGAUAUUUUCGGACGCGAUUUGGUCUGCGAUGUCGUGCGUCUGCGUGAGGAAAUUAUUUACAUGAGGUUAUCCUAUAAUACCACCAGUACGGGUAUUUCUAAGGGGAAUACUUCCAUUGCCAGGAAGCAUGCCGAAGAAAGCGGAAAAGUAGCGGAUACAUCGUACAAGAUGCAAUCGUCGACGAAUAUGCACUUUUUUUCAUAUUCCGAACACUCUUCCGCAGCACGGAUCUCCACAUCAUUUUCGCCGCCCUUGCAGCAUAGCAUUUCUUCCAUUUCCAGGGAUGGAGUCGGGGUGGAAUUGGAGCCUUUUUCCGCAAUAAACGGCAGCUCUGUCUUUCCGUGCGGCGAUCCCACAAGCACGUCAUUGGUGGAUGUCGAGAAUUUCAUCAAAAUGUCCACUUCAGAAAAUAAUUCGACUGAGCUAAAUAUGGGGGUUUUAAGUAAUGGGGAAAAUUACCCUCUCAUAGCGCGAAAAGACGAGGAUUCACAGAACGAAGUGCGGUUGGAAAAGGGCUCUUUGAAAAGAGGGAAUGCGGCUCUGGUCAAGGAUGUUCAAAGUUGUCGACCUGAAGAUGACGGAAUGCGCUCCGAAGAUGAUUCUGAGAAGGCGGAGGAAGAAAAAUCCAUUAAAGCACUCGCUUGUCCUCGCAUUAGUGAUGCGGAUUUAGAGCGGGAUGCGUGUCGUUUGCGGGAGGAUACGCGGGGUCGUAAUUUAGGUUGGGGACCGGAAGCCCAUCGGCAUUUCGCAUUGAACUACGUCUCCACACCCCAGAAGCUGAUGCGAAGUUCUAACAAACGAGCUGGAAAACGCCAGCGCGAAGUGCCUGCAAAACCAAAGAAACAAAAACUAAAAGCGGUCGACCUGCGUGCCGAAGAAGGUCUAAAAACGCCUUUGCUAGCACCCACCACCACCAUUCCAUCAACUACAGAGAAGGAAUCCAAUCCGAUGGAUUCGACUUACAACACACCCAAAACUGUGGCGAAAUGUGUUUCUAGUGCUUCUUGCGAGGCUUUUUCUCCUUCAAACAUUUCCAGGCAGCUUAUUUUUGAUUGCGAUAAGGGGGAAACUAACGAAAAAGAGGUGGAUAAACUUCCCUCCGGGUGGGGAUGCGAGGCUUCAAAGUACUUUGAUCCGAGAACUUAUUGUGAUGACCCAUCCAAAGCGCACUUCUGCGAGGAGUUCCGUACCAAACGAAUCCAAGCAAGACGACAGAUUGAAUUUCCCUCGUAUUUAGCAUACGUCGACUAG